GUUUCCUCGGUCCCGAAGAAAAGCAUAUUUCUUAAAGAACCAUAUAGAGGGGAAACAAGUAGUAUGAUAUUGAAGCAGAGAUUAAAAUCUGUUACCAUCAGUAAAACAUACUAUGCAGCUCAGCUUAUCAUUGUUGAGACAACACAACACCUGCUUCACCACAAACCUCAACCUCGCACAAAUGAUUACAUCACAUCCUACUGUGUUUACCAAUUUACAUGUAUGUGUGUGUGGGCACACAUACAUAGGGAGGAGUAAUCGUUCAAUGCAGACUAGGGUGGGUGAACACAUCCCCAAAUGGCUAGAAAAACAGUUUAACACACAAACUUUGAUAAGUGCAGGUGACAGACAUCCAUCGUCAUCUAUAGCAAAACAUAUUAUUGAAAUGAAUCACAAGGUUAAUACGAAAACAGCGUUUAAGAUAAUAUACAGGAAUAAUCAGGGGCGUAUACUGAAGUUUGCCGAAGCGUUAGCCAUUCGUAAACUUAAUCCCCCGCUGUGUGUACAAAAACAAUUUAUUGUUUCACUUAAUUUACCUUGGUAACCGUUAUCUGAUUAUGUUACCAAGACUAGUGUCACAACCUUUUCAUAUUCACUAUAUUUGACCUUUAAUUUUCAUAUAUAUAUGAAUUGACUUGACA